CUCACCACUCUCUCCUCCGUCUCCCUCGCCGCCGCCGCCGCCGCCGCCGCCAUGCUCCGGCUGCGAAGCUCCAUCCUCGCCCAUCUCCUCUCUUCUUCUCCGACCGCCUCUCCCGCAUCCACUCUCCACCGCCUCAUAUCCGCCGCCGCGCCCGCCAUUCCCCCGAACCCUAGUGGCUUCGCCGUGGAGGAGUACCUUGUCUCCACCUGCGGCCUCACACAAGCGCAGGCCGUCAAGGCCUCCGCCAAGAUCUCCCACCUCAAGUCCCCCGCCAAGCCCGACGCCGUCCUCGCCUUCCUCACCGGCCUCGGCCUCUCCGGCGCCGACGUCGCCGCCCUCGUCGCCAAGGACCCGCGGUUCCUCUGCGCCGGCGUGGAGAGAGUCCUGGCCCCCAACAUCGCCGCGCUCACCGCGCCGGGUUAUCGCGUUCCGUCAUCGCGCGCGUCCUCUCGCUCGGCCGCCCCCAAUUCCGUCACAGAGCCAUGGCAAGUUACCACAUUUACGUGCAUUGUAGUUCUGCAGCACAGUCAUGUAUGAGGCAACACAGUGGUGAGGAAGAAACUUACAGUCUCAUCUGUGGGAAAAGUGGUAGAUCAUAUGAAUUUGUGUGCUUCUCAGGGUGUCAUAUCGGAUAUGCUGGUGUUGCUUGGUUGUCUUCACAUGGAACAUGAUGAUACAGAGAAUUGGUGGUA